AUGGCAGAAAAUGAUCGGCGGUCCUGGGGCGCAGUUGAAUGCUUAUUCUGCCCGUUUGAUGGAGCCAAAUACGAUGAAGCAGCUACCACGUGUAAAAUAUGUGGGAACAUACGAGCUAUGGUGAGUGCGCCGGUUAAGCAGGUUGAUUUCAUUAAAGGUAUGCCUGCAUGGUCUAGUAAUUCAUUUGUGCUGGAGAAGUCAUCUUCUGGCAACCGAUAUAAGGUUAACGUUUGGAGGAAAGUAUUGUACGCGAAGCAACCGUUCCCAGACGACUAUACAGACACCAAACGAUUCCUGGACUGUCUUGUUCAGAAUGCUAAACCACCACGUUAUGGAUACUGGUACCUGGUCUCUUUAACUGGACGAAUAGUGCAGCCUAUAUGCAUUGUGGUUAUCCAUAUAGCGAUUUGGCGGGGCGUCGACCGACAGCCUUCGAUGAUUAGUGCAGCCACGUUAACAUUUAUAGACUUUGCUUUGAUCUCUUUAUACUGGCUGGGUACUUGGUGGACCAAGAAACCUGUGGAUUUGAUGGACCAACACCCUUCCACUGACGGAAGCAUGACGGCUUUCAAAAGGAUAACAGUCAUUAUCGGCUGUCUCAAAGUGCUCUCUCCGUUACUGCAGACAUUAACUCAAAGCUUCAGUCAUGACACGGUUAUAUGCCUAACAGUUGGUAAUGCAUCCUGA